AUGGCAACAGCCCCCUCAUCAGCCGCACCCUGGCGCACAAGAUUCGAAACCCACCUGAACAAAAACAGCUCGAGCGAAUUCCUCCUCUCAACAAUCGGGCACGACGCACAGAACCGGCCCGUCCCUCGCUCCCGCGUCUGCGGCUUCCGCGGCUUCUUCCCAACCCCCGAUCUCCAUUCCAGCGCGGCCGAGACGCUGGAGAAGCAAGCUGGGGGCGGGAAUCCGGGGGUGUAUGAGAGUGAUAUGAUUACGUUUACGACGGAUGUGAGGAUGGAAAAGGUGGGGCAGCUUUCGGCGUCCGGGAACGUGGUUGAGGGGGUGUUUUGGUUGAAGGAUGUGGGGAGUCAGUGGCGGGUGAAGGGGGUUGCGUUUGUGAUUGGGGAUGCUGGGGGAGGGGAAGGUGAGGAUGAGGCGAGGAGGGAGAUUCAGAGGGGAUUGAGGGUGAAGGAUGGUGAGGAGGGGAGAGUGGGUGAUUGGGGGUGGGAGAAGCAGGUGACGACUUAUUUUGCGAAUCAUACGCCUGUUUUAAGAGGUUCAUUUAAGAGUCCUCCUCCUGGACAACCCAGAUCCCAAGUUCCUGCGGACCCUAAUGUUAAACUCGGUCAGAAGGUGGACGAUAUUUUCGAUCCUAUUGCCCGGAAGAACUUCAGGGUAGUGGUUAUUCGGCCAGAGGAAGUUGAGCAGUUGGAUGUGUCGGAUUAUGAGAAUCCACAGCGGUGGAAUUGGACGUGGGACGAAAAGAAAGGCCAGUGGGAGGAGGUUGAAUUGUGGCCGUGA